GGCUCCAAAGUCCCUUUGUUGCCGGAAAGCUACUGGAGAAUGCUAGGACACAAUGAUCUUCCGAGCACCUGCAAGUUGGAUAAAGGAGACCCAGCUCAGGAGGAGGAGCAGCAGGGGGAGCAAAUCAUCUCAAACCCAGACGCAUUUUUCCCGAAUUGUUCCCCGACGGCAGCUCGUUUUCUCCAGGCUGAGCUAGAACUCAGCGCCCGUCUGCGAACUUUGACCUUUAGAGAUCCUGUGCGUUAUGUGUACAACCCGCUGGAGUAUGCAUGGGACACACAUCGUCUCUACGCUGAGAAAUACUGUCACAGCGGACAGAGUGUCCUGUUCCUGGGGAUGAACCCGGGACCGUUCGGCAUGGCGCAGACCGGCGUUCCCUUCGGUGAGGUAAAUGCUGUGCGUGAUUGGCUGAAGAUCUCUGGCGAGGUGGGUCAUCCUCCCAACGAGCAUCCGAAACGUCCAAUCAGAGGCUUCCUCUGCACUCAGAGUGAAGUGAGCGGCGCGCGGUUCUGGCGUUUCUUCCAGGAGCUCUGCAGAGAACCCGAACACUUUUUCAGUCACUGUUUCGUCCAUAACCUGUGCCCUCUGAUGUUCAUGAGAGAGUCGGGGAGGAACGUGACGCCCCCCGAGAUGCCCGCUGUGGACCGUGACGCCCUGCUGAUCCACUGCGAUGCUGCGCUGUGCCAAGUGGUACGUGCCUUAGGCGUUUCCAUCGUGAUCGGAGUGGGCAAGGUGGCGGAGCAGCGAGCCCGACGUAGCCUCGCCGAAGCCGGAUUGGAAGUGAAGGUGGAGGGAAUCAUGCAUCCCUCACCCAGGAACCCGCUGGCCAAUAAGGGCUGGGCUUCUGUGGCUCGAACCAAAUUAAAGCAGAUAGGGGUCUUGGAUUUACUCACAAAGUGACUGAAUACUUACAGGAUGUUUUUAUUUGUAUUUAUAUUGUUUUAUAUAAAGUACACUACACUCAGAGCAUCCUUUACCUCCAGUAUACUAGAUCAGAUGAGACGUGUUCGGUGUCUGAAGCUCGCUUCACGAUUCUGGGUUAUUGGAGUUAACAAGUAAUGGAAGUGUAUAGCCUCCAGUUUAGCCUCAGUGUCAGACUCACUGGUGUGCUUU